AUGAAGGACCAAGAUGGACAAGAGGAGGAGACAAACAAAGGGAACAGAGGUGUCCCAGGAGAGGAACUAUCUGAUGUGGUUACCCAGAGACAAGAAGAUGCAGCUCUUGAGAGGAAAUGGUUGGAACAUGCUGGGCCUGAUAAAAUAGUCAUUGAACAGGAAGAUGAGCUAUUGAGAGCAGAGAAGGAGGCUGAGGAGCAUAAAACUAAUUUACAAGAAGUGGAAGAGAAACACAAACAAGAAGCCAAAGAAAAGAGAUCAUCCCUACAAUCAGAACUUAAUUAUAGCUACUACAGUUCAAUGGGGUUCCUAUCUUUACAUGAGAUUAGCACUACAACUAAUGAUGAUGAAGAUGAUGAGUUAUCUUCAGAGACUACUAGUCCCUAA